UCCCCCGACGCAGUGACACUUCUUCCCGCUGCUUGCAAGCUGGGCCCCGCUGAGCCCCCGGCUUACGCCUCUGAUGGCUGCCCGGGCCCUGGGAAGUAGCUGACCUGUGCUGUGCGGGGUCCACGGGAGCAGCCUGUAACUUCUCCCUUUUCCUCUUGGGCCAGAUGGUACGCCUUCACUUGAUGUCCUGCCUCCUCCUCCUGCCGCUGGCCGCCUGCUUUCCUCUCCUGGACAGGGAAGCGCCCAUGGACACCACGGGGGGCACUGGCGGCAGAAUGAGAUGGGCCGACCUGGCGGGGGGACACGCAGCCCACUUCCCGUGGGGCUCCUCGCAGUGGCUGAGAGCUCCACACCGACAAGCCCUGCUCGUCAUGGCCAAGGAGCUGCAGAUGUCGGGCCGAGCGCAUGCCGGCUUCAGGCUCCGGUUCAGGAGGCAGGAUGAUGGCCGCGAGGUCGCCGGCUUUCUCCUGGCUGAUGGCGAGACGGCUAGUAGCCCGUUAGGGACGCUGGCCGACGAGUUCAGCGGCUACGGCAAGAAGAAAGGCGGCUUCAGCUUCCGCUUCGGCCGGCGGUGAAGGGCCCGGGGCAGCCUGCCCAGGGUUUCCCCUCGGCCCCCUCCCCGCCUCAAAGAGCCUGCAAAGGGGUGGUGUUACUGUAAUAAAUGAUUAGCUGAAGGACUGGUUAGGUGGUGCUUUUGAUUUCCAACUUUGCUGAAGCAAAAACCCGCGUCGUGUCCAA